CCUUCCGCGCGCGCACUCUCCUCCCCGCUUCCUAACGACCACAACAAAUGGGAGCGGCGAGCCCGCGGACACCUGCCCCUGACGGCGCCAGGAGCUCCGCCCCUCCGGGGAGCUGAUUCGGCGAGCUGCGAGAGAACGGGUGGCGCAUUGGCCCACAGCAGGACGCCUGGCGGCGAUGUCAUUGAAGGCUACCUAGGCGCGGAGGCUGCUGGGCUUGGGUGGCGGUGCUGGUGGCAGUCCCUGUCUCACGCGGCGGCUCCGGCUCCGUGAGGCGCGCCGGGGCUGGCGAGCUGCCGUGAGGCGCAGCGGCCGGGGCUGCACCGGGGGAGCGGAGCCACGUCUACCCCCGAGCGGGCUCGGCGGGGGCAGGUGAAAAACCUCAAACAUGAGCAGCAGAGCACCACAUCUCUUCUUAAAUCUGAUUUGUCUAGAAGUGGAACAUAGUGUCCUGAUAGAUCUUCUUACAAGGAAGUUGUAAACCCUUAGUAAUGGCCAACAAGAAAGAACCUCCUUUUUUCAAUGAAGAUAAAAUGGGACCAUUUCAUUACAAGUUUCCUUUUUAUGAAGCUAUGGAGCUCUUCAUUGAAACACUCACAGGAACAUGCUUUGAACUACGCGUUUCCCCCUUUGAAACAGUUUUUUCUGUGAAAGCUAAAAUUCAAAGACUGGAAGGUAUUCCUGUUUCUCAGCAGAACUUAAUUUGGAAUAAUACCGAACUGAAGGAUGACUAUUGUUUGAAUGAUUAUAACAUUUCAGAAGGCUGCACUCUGAAGUUAGUUCUGGCUAUGCGAGGUGGACCUAUUAACACUAGAAGAGUUCCUGUGGAAGACCCUAUCAGGGAAAUUGCUGAAUACAUAGAUCCCACUAGAGAUGAGAUCUGGGAGAAAGGGCCAUCCAACAAACAAGUUACCUUCUUAGUAUACAGAGAAGGAGAUAAGUUGAAUUUCUUCCGUGUGGUAGACCGGGGAGACAGCGCUUUAACGCCAUUAUCUGAACCUUUAAGUGAUGGUUCAAUUUAUAAUUUAUGUGCUGAUGAAGAAGAUGAGACAGAGGCAUCAGCUUCAGGCCAACAGAUUAUUGAGAAUUCAAUUACGAUGAAUAAAAUGAAACUGCUCAAGGCAAAGAUGGAAAACAUGAAUCUGAGUAAAAAGCCUAAGAAAACUGUCAAGGUGAAACCUCGUCCUCCAGUGUCUCCUCGACUGUCUAGUGGCUCAGUGGCAGCUACUCGUCACCGUUUUUUAAGAGUGCUCCCCCAUAUUGGACAAUCCUGCCUGCCUCCUCCUGGGAAUUCGUAUCACUCAGAGUCUUCCCAAAACACACUUUCAGCAUUGGCUACUUUGGCCACUGCUGGUAGAACAAUGCCAUCCACAAGUAAUGACUUUCUUAGGGAAGAUGACACUUGGCAGAGCAACUCUUGGUCUCAGUCAGUGAGUAGCAUCAGGUUACCACCAAAAAUAUCUCGUGUUGAACUCGAAAAUACAAACCUACCUACAAACAGUAUUCUGACUCCUGUUUCAACUCUGCUUGCAAAUUCAGAAAAAGCAUCUGAAAACAUGACCUCAACAAGUCAGGAGGAUGCUGUUUUGUUUCCCAGUCUAACAAAUGUAGAACUAUAUGGAACAGAAGAAAUACUUCAACCUGAAACAGAUGCUUUUGCUUUGUUAACAGAAGCAAGCACUACUGAACAGUGUAGUGAGAUAUACAACAUAGGAAAGGUGAACCCAGAACUUGAACUGUCUGAUGGAGAUGAAGACUCUAAAGCUGGAGAGCAGCGUAGAAAGCCUCUUAGCAAAGUGCUGAGCACUGCAGCAAUGGGGGCUGGUCUUCUUGGUACUCAUGAAUUAAGUCCUCAGAAAAAUUUGCUUUUGUCACCUCUUCGGUAUUCAGCACAAGUGACACAACACAGUUCUCUCAAACCACAAGCACAACCCAAAUAUUUUGAGGCUGGUAACUUGAGAUCUACAGCCUCCCCAAACGUGCUUCAGUCACUGGAAGUCCAUAGUAUAGCAGACACUUCUUUUUCUAGGACUACUAGAUUUCGUAGCAUGAAAGUAGAGUCGCUUGGCAAAAGACGUGAUGUCGUUUCUAAAGUGGAGGCUAGAGACAUGACUGAUUUUGCUAGCAAAUCAUCAAAAGAACCUUUGAGUUCUGUAAGUAACUUAGGAUUUCUGGCUUCAUUGGCCCGAAGCACCAACAGGGAAAGUUUACAGAGUUCUUCUGGGGCGGGCAGGUUUCAGACUUCUGGUAUUACACUACCUACAAACCUGCAGCAUUUUCAGGAAGAAAGUUUUAGGAAAACUCCUCCUCGAAAUGAAGCUGCUGAAUAUAUCCUAUCUGUGCAUGGACUUGGAAUGAAUGGAAGUAUUGCAGCUGUAGGGAAAAGAGUAGCAGGUGAAGCAAGCAGUCUUCCACCUGUGAAUGGCUCAUUGCAAGCAAAAAAGCAUUGCUUUCUUUGUGGCAAGAAAACUGGAUUGGCAACCAGCUAUGAGUGCAGUAUUGUUUUCCUUGAGCUGUUUUCCAUGAGAUUGGGAACUGCUACACUCUGAGGGCUGCAUUUGAAGCUCAUCUUUGUUCAUGACAAUCAACAGCAGUAAAAUGGACAAGACUUCUGCCACUGGAGAAUUGUGUUGGAGAGCUUCAGGGUCAGGAAUUGCCUGAGACUCUUCAGUCUUUGAUUUUUAAACAGUUUUGAACAUAGCACACUUCCCUGCUGAGCAAAUAAUUGCAAGAUCUUCUAGAAGUAACUAAGCAGCUCGCUGAAAGUUAAAAAUGAAACACAGGAAAAGAGAAGUCACCCAUCUCCAACAGUAGCAUUUGUUCUAGUUUCAAAAGGGGCAACCGUAUGACCUUUUAUUAGAAUGGAACAUGAACCAAUAGAGAAUACAGUUGUAUGAGAGAGCUGGUGAUUACGAGACCAAGAACCAAAGAAAACACUAUUUACUACCAGGCACACAAAGUCUCAGGGACAGAUGGAGAGUUUAUUAUGAACCCAGACAGAUAAACAGAAGAUUACAAUCUAAUAGUGAGUCAGUAAGUUGGGAGACUAUUCCAAGUACAUUCUGGUUUUUAAGUAUGUCAUUGUUUUAUGUCAAAAAGCAACUUUAAUGUUCUGUUGCCUAAUUAUUUGAUUAUGUCAGUCUCCACUUCAAGCACUUGUCCAAAUCAGAUAAAACAUCCAGAGUACGCCUUCCUCAUGAUAGGAGUUUUAGAAGCCGAAGUGUCAACUUUGAAAGCAAAAAUCAUAAUCUUAAUUUCUUGAAAUAGCAACUGACAUUGGGGAAAAAUGCACCAUUAUCCAGUCAUGUAGGAAGUCUUGUUCCUUAAAGUUAGUUUGAUGUCUUUGCAGCUGACUAUCCGUACUUAUUAAUCUCAAAUGACUAAUUUGAGUUUAUGCCAGGCAGAAGUUGUGCUGAACUAAACAUCUGUUUUUGGUGUCUGAAUGAUGUGGUGCUUUAGAAUUGAAAUGCAUUAUGUGAAUUUCACCUAAUGCUAUUAUUUUAGUUCCAUGGUUUUGUCCUCUGAAUUCUACCAACUGGUAUUGUAUGAGGUCUUUAAAAAGAAAUAAAUCAAAGCCUGACAUUCUUAAUCUAUAAGUGUGUUUGAUUCUUGAUAGCUGGAUAACUUCCCAGGUGAAGAGACUGUUGAGUCAAAACUGCAGCAUUCAGUUACAAGAAGGUCAUUUUGAUUACCCCAAUAGAUAAUGUCACCAGUUAAGAAUUUUUAGAAUCCUAGCAGAUGCAUCAAGUAAACAAGACGUGAUUAAGCCUACAGUGCUGCCAGCAUGUCAGAGUUAAAAGCUUUUAAAAGCUUGUAACU